AACGAGAUGCGAGAUGAGCUUCGACGGGCGGCGUACUUUGGUGCCGGGGCGGCGGCAACUUGGUUGCUGCUGCGAGCACUGACGCGGGGAGACGAGGAUCCAAUCGUGCACCGUGGGGUCGCUCGGGCAGACGGUGCGCCCGCGCCGACGCUUGAUGGCGAGUCGGGCAAGAAGAACUCCUCGCUGUCGACCGAGUCACUCAAGUUGGUACGUGCACAGCUUGAGGCUGUGCCAGCUGAUGCGCUACCAGACUUUGUGUCGCAUUACUUGAGGCUGUCUAAGGCAACGCUGCUUCGCCUCGCGGCCGAGUCCAUGACAGGCGGCGAACUUUUGGAACAUGCCGAACCAGAUCGCUUUGGCUUUGAUGUGUUUUCUAAACUGCGCUGGAGCGGUGUGGAAGGUGCAGACAAUGAAACGUUGGGUCGCUGGCUCAAGGCCUUGGUCGCAGUCACCCCAGCUGCGUCGGCCGAGGCCGAGACACCCAUGGAUGACGACGCCGACGAUGCCUCGCCUCAAAACGAACCGGGACGGCGAGUGGCCUUGCUGGAAAGGCACCUGAAAGUGCUGCGCGAGGCCGCAGCUGCGACGGCUGAGAGACGCCAAGCGUCUGCGCAGGUUGUAGAGACGGACAAUGGCUUUGGUGUGAUGCUUUCGCAGCCCAGCUCCACGAUGCAGCGCUGGAUGCGAGCCGCCGCCGCUGCAGAUACUCAGGGCCCACACCUGGAUAUUGGGGCCGCUUAUGGAGUGGCUUCGGCGCCUGUACUUGCGGCUGGGGCCCGGGUAGUCGCAUGCGAUCUUUCAUCCACUCAGCUCGACCUCAUUGCUGAACGCGCCAGUGCCCUUCUUCGGGAUGCGCCAGCCUCGGAUGCCGUCGUCCUCGUUCCCGAAGUUGAGCAGCGACUCGAGUGUUUGGUUGGGGCGGUUCCGGGAGUUCUGAGUCGUUUGUCUCCACCUGUGCACCAUGUGCUCGCCUCCAACGUGCUACACUUUUUGCCGCCCCGCGCGUUGCGCCUCACGCUCCAACGCCUAUAUGAUGCCAUGGCGCCUGGUGCAUGCCUGUAUGUGGAAGCUGAUACGCCAUACAUGGCAGGGACCUGGCCCUUGUCAUGGCUGUAUGCUUGGCGACGCGUCUUGGGCAGUGCUUUCCCGGGUUAUUUCUGGUUCCCAGCCAGCUUGCGAGCCUGGCUGCUGCCGCACCGCCUGCGGGCCGUGGACCACUAUCACAUGUUGGAUACCCGCGUGUUGCUCCGCGAGCUCCGUGCCGUGGGCUUUGAGAUCGAUGAGCUUUUUUACGAGUCGCUGGCGCCAGAACAGGAUGCCUUUGGCCUUGUACAUGAUGGUCGGGAGAUUGUUGUGGCCAUUGCCUGCCGGCGCUAAAAGGUUGUAGCCUAAAGAAGGAGUUUAUAUUGGGCUCAUGUCGACCUAAUCAAGUCAUUUAC